AUGCAUUUAACAUUUUUAGUUUGUUCUGUUAGUAUCGGAAUUUAUCAAGGCUGUGUAAGAUCAAAACAAACAUCAACAAAAGAAUUCUUCAUUGCCGAUGGCAAAAUGGGAAUUCUACCAACUGCAAUGAGUCUGUUGGCAAGUUUGACAUCUGCAGCAUCAUUACUUGGAACGCCUGUUGAUAUAUAUUAUUAUGGAACAAUGUUUAUCUAUUACAUUUUGUCAUUAUUCAUUGCAACAUAUUUAACAAUAAAAUUCUUCAUACCUAAAUUUCAUUAUAUUGGAAGUGUUAGCAUUUAUGCUUAUCUUGAACAACGUUUUUCAUUAACAAUUCGUAUUUUGGUAACAUGCACUUAUAUUUUAGUUACUAUUCUUUAUAUGUCUAUCAUUUUAUAUGGACCAAGUUUAGCUUUGAGUCAAGUUACUGGAUUAAAUAUUUGGCUUGUAAUUGGAUCAUGUGGAUUAGUUUGUACUAUUUAUACGAGUAUCGGUGGAAUGAAAGCAGUUAUUUGGACUGAUGUUCUACAAGCAUUGUUGAUGUUUAUUGGUCUAAUAAUGUCAAUUAUUAUUGGUAUAUUUUUAUUUAGAAACAAUAUUUCUCAAUUUUUUAAAUUAAACAAAACAGGUGUUAUCGAUUUUGGUGGACCAUCAAAAGUGUUUGAAACAGUGAAAAAUGGAAAUCGAUUUCAAUUUUCAGUUAUUGAUCUAGAUCCAUCUAUUCGUUAUACAAUUUGGAGUAUUUUGAUUGGCAUGACAUUUUCUAGUUUAGCUAAUUAUGCAUGUAUUCAAACUCAAGCUCAAAGAUAUAUGUGUGUUAAAGAUACAAAAGCAGCACAAAAAGUUGCUUGGAUUAAUUAUGUGAUGCAUGCAUCGAUGCAAAUGCUUUAUGUAUGUGUUGGAUGUUUAAUCUAUGCAAAAUAUAGUCAAUGUGAUCCUCUUCGUGCUAAACUUAUUUCACGAUCAGAUCAAUUGUAUCCAUUAUUUAUAAUGGAAACAUUAGGACGAUUUCCUGGUUUUACAGGUCUUUUCAUUUCGUCUAUAUUAAGUGCAACAUUAAGUACAUUUUCAAGUGGAGUAAACAGUAUAGCAACAGUUAUUCUUGAAGAUGUUUAUAAACGAAUAUCAAAUAAACAUUCAAUAUCUAACAAGCAUCAAAUAUUUUAUCAAAUAUUUGGUGCAUAUGCAGCUCCUAUUCUUGGUGUUUAUUUACUUGGAUUAUUUUCAUCACGAGUUAAAAGUCGAAGUGUUCUUGUUGCCUUUGUCAUUUGCUUUAUAUUUCAAACUGUCAUGCUUGUUGGUUCUUUUGUCACUGUCAAAUCAGUAAAAAAGCAGGGAGGACAACUACCUACUUCCGUUGCUGGAUGUGUACCAUCAGUUAAUAUUACUCUUUCAUUAACAACAAAUCAGACGUAA